UCAGCAGAGUUCAUGACCAGACCUCCGAGUUCCAGCUACAUUACUGAUUUUGAGAAGCGUUUCUACCACAUCAAUCUUUACAUUGAUGUCUGCUAAUUAUUACUCUCUUAAUUCUAAUUUUGAGAUAGAUCUUCUGGCUAUAAUAUAAAUAAAAAACUGCCAUGAUAAUCCGUAGUUCAUGUGCAAAGAAUCUCAAGCAUCUGUCCAAAUUUCCCUGCAUAUUUCGAUCCUUUAAUUACUUCCACCCUUCUUCAGUUGUAGUGGGUUUGGAAAACUACCAUGGGUCGUCGGAAUUUUCACGUUUCAAGAACGCGCAGAACCCGUUUGAUGAAUUUCGGCAGAGAGAUGUUUCGUAUUACAACCAUUUGCUGUUUGAUUACUCGCGCGAUGGCCUAAAUCAAAAAGCGUUGGAAACAUAUGCGUUUAUGAAUCGUUCCGGUGUUUUGGCUGAUGGGAGCAGCUUAUCUUGCAUUUUAAAGGCUUCUACGAGCUUGCAAGAUUAUGAUUUUGGUAGGCAGUUACACUGCCACAGUGUUAAAAAUGGGUUCUUUAAGGAUGUCAGUGUCGGAACCUCUCUUGUUGAUAUGCAUAUCAAAAAUGGAAAUUUAGAUGAUGGGAAGAGAGUGUUUGAUGAGAUCAGGAUGAAGAAUGUAGUGACUUGGACUUCGUUGCUUACGGGCUAUGCUAUCAAAAGGAUGACACGAAAGGUCGUACAAGUUUUCAGCUUGAUGAAAUCUGAGGGUGUCAAACCUAAUCCUUUCACAUUUGCCACUGUUCUUGGUGCUUUGGCAGAUGAAGGUGCAGUAGGGGUUGGAGCUCAGUUGCACGGUAUGACUGUCAAGAACGGGUUUGAUUCGAGCCGAGAGGUGGGGAAUGCUUUGGUUAGUCUGUAUUCAAAGUCUGGAAUGAGUAGAGAGGCUAGGUGUGUGUUUGACGGAACUGACUGUAGGGAUGCAGUCUCUUGGAAUGGGAUGAUUGCAGGUCUUAUGAUGAACGGGUUCGACUUGGAUGCCUUCGGGCUGUUCUAUAGAAUGAGGGUUGCCGGUGUAGAAUUCACCGAAACAACUUUUGCCACUGCUCUUAAGCUUUGUUCAAACCUUAAAGAAUUAGGUUUUGCCCGGCAGAUCCACUGCCAGGCCGUCAGGCGUGGGUUUGGUAGUUUCGACAAUGUCAGAACAGCUCUCAUGGCAUGCUACACGAAAGGACGUGAGAUGGAUGAUGCAAUGAAGAUGUUUACAUUGAUAGGUGCAGUUCAAAGUGUGGUGUCAUGGACAGCGAUUAUUGGAGGAUACAUGAAAAAUGGUCGAACAUUAGAAGCAACUGAUAUGUUUCUCCAGAUGCGAAGAGAAGCCGUGAGGCCUAAUCACUACACUUAUUCUACAAUUCUUGCAGCCCUUCCAGCUAAUUCUUUGUCUCAGGUGCAUGCGGAGAUCAUCAAAACCAAUUACUCAAACUCACCUUCAGUAGGAACAGCAUUGCUUAACGCAUAUAUUAAAAUAAGCAAGACUGAUGAUGCAGGGAAAGUUUUUCGGCAAAUAGAAGAGAAGGACAUUGUUGCUUGGUCUGCAAUGUUAGUUGCGUAUGCUCAGCAAGACGAUACUGAAGGAGCUGUAAGGUUUUAUGGUCAGUUAGCCAAGGAAGGUGCCUGGCCAAAUGAGUUCACUUUCUCUACUAUAAUAAAUGCAUGUGCGACACAGUCGGCAGCUACAGAUCAAGGAAAGCAGUUUCAUGCAAGCUCAAUCAAAUCUGGCUACAACAAGACUCUAAUUGUAAGCAGUGCCCUUGUUACUAUGUAUGCCAAAAAAGGGGAUAUUGAGAGUGCCAAUCAAGUCUUCAAGAGGCAGCAGGAAAGAGACUUAGUUUCCUGGAACUCGAUGAUCUCGGGGUAUGCACAACAUGGUUAUGGGGAAAAAGCGCUCGGUGUGUUUAAGGAAAUGCAAAAGAGGAACUUAGAGAUGGAUGACAUCACAUUUAUCGGUGUAAUUUCUGCCUGCACCCACACAGGAUUGGUAAGUGAAGGUGAAGCAUAUUUUGAUAUGAUGGUAAACAAACUUCACAUUUCUCCCACCAUGGAGAUAUAUUCGUGCGUGGUUGAUUUGUACAGCAGAGCUGGGAUGUUAGACAAAGCUAUGGCGCUUAUUACUGGAAUGCCGUUUCCUGCUGGUGCAACUGUUUGGCGCACUCUUUUGGCUGCAUGCCGAGUUCAUCGAAAUAUAGAGAUGGGGAAAUUUGCAGCUGAAAAACUCAUUUCUUGUAAACCACAUGACUCGGCUGCAUAUGUUUUAUUAGCUAACUUAUAUGCUGCCUCAGGAAACUGGCAAGAUAGGUCUAAAGUGAGAAAAUUGAUGGAUGAUAGGAAAGUUAGAAAAGAAACUGGUUAUAGCUGGAUUGAAGUGAAGAAAAAGACGUAUGCUUUUAUGGCUAGCGAUGUUUCACAUCCUCUAUCUGAUCAAAUUUAUAGGAAACUUGGAGAUCUGGGCAUUCGUUUGAGGGAUGCAGGAUAUCAGCCAGAUACGAAUUACGUGCUUCACGAUAUUGAAGAGGAACAGAAAGAAUCCAUCCUUUCUCGGCACAGUGAGAGGCUGGCUAUUGCGUUUGGAUUGAUUUCACUACCUCAUGGCGUUCCGAUACGGAUCAUAAAGAACCUCAGGGUCUGUGGUGACUGCCAUACGGUGAUUAAGCUAAUUUCAAGAAUAGAAGCCAGAGAAAUUAUUGUAAGGGAUUCAAAUAGAUUCCACCACUUUAGCAAAGGCUUAUGUUCUUGUGGGGAUUACUGGUAGCACUUUUAAAAUUUACAAGUAAUAAGGAAUUUAGGGAGAGUUUUAUGUUGAAAAAUAUAGGUAAAGAUGUACUAUUCCUUUUUUGUGUUUGUUUGGUCAAGUAUCAUUUCGAGUAGAAAACAUAAAUUACAUACUGAAUUUUAUUAGAAACUUGGUUACA